AUGGAUCAGGAGAAUAGGAACUGGCAAGCUGGAAGAAAAGUUAUCGAAUGUAACAAGUACAUGUUAAUCAACCAAAUCCAGUGUGAUGUUACAUUCAAGGUGGGACUGGAGAAAAAAGAAGUAAAAGCACACCGAUAUGUUUUAGGCAGUAGGAGUUCAGUAUUUUAUACCAUGCUGUUCGGAAGUCUCUCGGGUAAUUCAAAUAACAUCGUUGUGCCCGAUAUUGAACCUGAAGUGUUUCAAGAUCUUUUCAGGUUCCUUUAUUACGAGGAAACAAACAUAAAUGAGGAAAGUGUCACUGGGACUCUGUAUGCGGCAGAGAAGUAUGGUGUAACGGACCUAAAAGAAGCUUGUAAUUUUUACCUGAAAAAUCACAUUAAUGAGGAGUCGGUCUGCGCCAUUAUGGAGAAUGCAAAGCUGUUUAAUUUAAAUGAUUUACUCACCAGAUGUAUUGACUUUAUAGUGCAGUCUGAGGCUACUGCUAAAACAGUUUUGCAGUCACAAGGCUUUCUCGGUCUGAAUAGAGAAUGUUUGUUGUCACUCUUAAAAUUAGAUACAUUGCCUGUAAAUGAGGAAUUUCUCUACAAGUCCUUAAGGUUGUGGUCACAUAAAACUGCGAAAAAGAUGGGAAGGAUGUGA